AUGCAAGAAAGAAAAAGAGUUACAAAAAAACUAUUAAUAUCAAAUUAUAAAAAUAUUAAAGAUAAAGUCAUUUAUAAAAAAUCUUGGGAAGGUAAUGAAGCUUUACGAGAUAAAUUAGAAAGAGUCACUUUGGCAUACAAACAAGCAUCAUUAAACCUCAAAAAAGAAUGUGGUGAUGAAAAUUUAAUACAUAAUACAAUAGCAACAAUGAACGGUAACAUUCAUAAACUAAAAGGUGUCAAUUCUGCUGAUGAUUCCAUAUUAGUGGCCAGAAAAUUUACAUCAAUGUUAAACUAUUCAACUAUUUUGAUAGAAAAAUAUAAUAUUUGUGCUUAUUUAGUUCAUAAAACAAAAGAUGACUUGUUAAAAUAA